AUGGCAUUUGAAUCUUCCAUUGACGCCUCCUUGCCCUCCCCUCCUGAGAGCCUCCCCGACACUGAGCCGUGGGGCACUACAUCCCCUGCCUUCCUCGCAUUGCAACUUUUCAAUGACACCUCCUUGCCCUCCCCUCCCAAGAGCCUCUCCGACACCGAGACGUGGGGCCCCACGUCCCCUGCCCUCCUCGAUGUCCUCGACGACCCCUCCGAAGGCAGAAGGCAGUCAGAUAUCCCGGGGGAACCUCUGCGGGACGACUUGCUAGAUGACUGCGCAGAAUCUGAUGAUUUCGCAACCUUCGGGGCAGAUCACGGUACUGUCGCAUCGUCACGUAUGGGCGGGCAGGAGUCAGUUUUUCCGGGGCCAACGCACUUGAAGGUCGAAGGUCAUGAUGAGGAAUCAUUUUGGGCAUUCGCUGUGAAAGACUUUUUCAAGCACAACAAUGUCAAUCCACAGGAACGCGAUGUCCAUACUGCGGUGUUCCGAGAGUUCUUUUCGAUGAGAGACGACCUUCAUCACCUCCACCUCCUUUUUGAGACGAAGUUGUUCUGUCAAAUCUAUAAUAAGCGCACCCGCAUUCUGGCGAAAUGGAGGAACUCGGCCUCUGUGGCUACCUUCUUCAUCUUGCCGGCGGCCAUCCUACAGGGCUAG